AUUUGUCAUCUCGUUACCCUGACAGACCUAAAAUGAAACAGCGACAGGUGUGAAUGUGAAAGUAAAAAAAAAAACGCGAUGGCGGAAGCCGCAAGUAGCUCAACACCGGCGGCUGAAGCUGGCGCGCUAAUUGCGUCAUGGGAAGAAUCCGGUCGAACUGAAGAUUUCAACCUGAUUGCCUUCCUCCACUCGGUAGCCGAGGUGGUGGAACGUGAAUACAACAUGUACCUUCGUCAAGACCCCGAUCCAUUCGACGAUCGCCACCCGGCCAGAGCAGAUCCGAACUGCAACUUCGGAGCAGUGCUCAAGGCGAUUUUCAAGAAGGAGCAUUUCUACUCAAAGCUAACGAGGGAAUACACGCGGGAUAAUUUCUAUCCGAAUUCGGAACGGAGUGCGGAAUUGAAUACGGCUGCGUGUCGAGUGUUGCUUAGCUUGAUGCCCGGCUUAGAGCCGCCAGUGGUGUUCACAGACGCGGAUGUGUUGAUUUCGCGACUUAUCAAGUGGGUCGAGACUGGCGUCGACCCGUUGUGUUCCUAUGCGACUGGUUUGCUGGGAAUCGCGAUGCAAAUUCAAGAGAUUCAAGUGCAGUUUUCGGAAAAGUGCGCGUCGUUGGUUCCCGUGUUGAUUGAUCGACUCGCGAAGGCUCAUGUGGAAUAUUUUGCCAUUGGUGACGCUGAGAAGGAACCCAGCCUUUAUCCACUGGAUCAAGAAAAUAACCGGAAACGAAUGAGUGAACCUAUUCAAGAUGGGCCACCGCCGAAAAUAAUGCGGAUUAAGUCACCGAAGAACGUGUUGGUUGAUGGGGAAACUUCGAAUUCGUCGUGGAUGGAGAUGCAGCCGCUGAUGUUCAUGAGCUAUCAGAUUCAUCCGUUGAAUGUGGAGACGAAGCAGAUUUUCUUGUUGAGAUUCCUGACUCCUCUUUGUGAUUCCCCGGAUUUCCUCAGCACCGUUUUGAAGCAGAAUUUAACGCAGCUUGUGUUGAAGUAUGUGGAUGUCUCAGCCAACAAAAACGGAAGACUUGCGUUCGAAGCGUGCCGAAACCUAUCAGCUCAGAUGUGCCACAAGAAGGUGGCGACGGAUUUUUUGCAGAUGGACGGCCUCCAGAAAUUGCUCAACGUGCCUCGGCCAUCAGUCGUAGCCACAGGUGUCGGCUACUGUCUUUAUUACUUAGCUUCCUCUGCGGACGCCGUGGAAAAAAUUUGCCAGUUACCCGAGGAAAUCAUCGAGCGGUUAUUCCGCUAUGGCUUGUGGCUUUUGGAAUGCUCGCACGACUCGGCGAGGGCUCAUGCGACCUUGUUUUUUACGUACCUGUUCAGAUACCGGAUUUUGUUGGCUAUGUUCGACCGGCUCGGUGGCCUGCGUCAUUUGUAUAACAUCAUUGCGACGCAGAAGAUCCUCGACGCGGAUCCCCCGGGUGAUCAGAAUUUGAGCGACGAUGACGAGGCGGAAGCGAGACAGGCUGUGCGACAUGUUUGCAAUGCUCUAGCAAAGUAUUUUGAAGCUCAUUUGCUGCAGUUGGCGGAAGAUGUGGCAGACAUGAGCAUGUCUGUGCAGCAGCCCUGGGGCUAUGGAGCUUCCCCCGCGUCCAGUAUUGGAGGAACUUCCCGCAGCAUCUCUGCGCUGAGGAUUCCCGAUCUUUCCGGGGAUCGUCUCACACUGAUCCUUGAACUCGCCAGUGCCCGUCGAAGUUGGGUACCCGUGACAAGGUUCUCUAAACUCGGUGGGAUCGGGCUUCUCCUGCGAGCCAUCGGCAUGUGUCUCGGCUGGUCAAUGAACGGCCGAGCCGAGGCCUUGAAGAACGCCCUGGACGUGCUGAGCAUUUGCGCCAUUGCUCCAGCGGUGCAGGAGUCGUUUCGGUCGGAAGUGGCCUUGAUGGACGACCAAGGGCGGCAUAUGGCGGCUGGGAUUUCCAUCAUACUGACGGCGUGUCAACCGGAUAAAUGCUCUGACCCGGAAGUGCAAAAGGCCGCCUUGCAAGUGUUGAUUCCGUGUAUUUGUGUUACGCCUACGAAUAAGGCUGUGGUGGGGCCUGUGACGCCCGGGGAUGCCAGACAGAGGAACAGGACUCACAAGUUUGAGGACUCGUUGAGUAGACGGAUGAGGGAAUGCGUCAGGGCCAACAACGGGAUUUUGAUUUUGUAUCAGUUGAUGCGGACUGGAUCUCCCAUCACGGAUGCCGACGAGUUGCGGGCGUUGGCCUGUCAAGCACUUGCAGGUUUGGCGAGGAGUGAAAGCGUUCGUCAAGUCGUCGGCAAGCAUUCUCUUUUGAGUGAACUCCAGUCUUACCUCAGAGAACCGAUUCUCCCGGAGAAGAAACGAGAACACCUUCGUUUUUCUCGACAUUUCAUCGAACUUUUGGAACUCGUUUCUGGCGGCGUGAUGGGCGACGGAGAAUUCGCCGGAAAGGAGUACGACAUGUCAAUGGAGGCCCUUCAUCGCAUGGACGUCGUCGCACGGACAAAGAUAAAAUACAAAAAGUCGCAAGUUUUAGCUUUGAUUCAUCAACACUUGAUGUUGGAGGGACUGACAGAAUCCGCCGCGGCGUUAAUAAAAGAGGCCAACUUUGCGCCAAUUCCGGUGGCGACGCCGGCGCCGCUGCCACCGCCGGUUACCCCAGUGAGAAGCAUAGGAACGUCGCGACAGUUGACGUACAGUUCGAGUUUCCACGCAGGGACGCCGUUGGUGAACGGGUAUGGACCACCUGCGACGCCCAUGCGGCUCACGUUGCAACCGUCGCGACAAAAUAGUCCAGCUGCUGCCGUUGCCAAAAGCUUGUUGUAUGGGGCAUUUGGAUCAUUGCACUUCUUUGUUGUCAAGAAGGCCAGUGAAUUGAAUGGAGAGGCUGCUGGCUUGAUGAUGCCUGCGUUGAAGUACUUGUCUACUAGCGCAUUGAACAGGAUUGUCAUUUUGGCAGAUUGUUGGAAGGAGCAGGUAGCAGGUAAGUUUGGCUGGUUCCCUGAGGACUGCUUUGUGAAGGUAGGUUCACCGCCAGAUGUGCUUUUUGCAGCUGGUUUGGCUGUGGUGUGCUUGUGGAGCCAAAAAUUUUCUGCUUCCUCCACUGCUUUGUCCCAAGACAGGUUUUGGUCAUCUGACCAUUGUUCCUGGAGCUUGUCCUGUAGUUUGUCAGAUACCAUGGCCAGCAACUGGUCAAUCAGCAUUUUUUGCUGGAUGUCUGCUGCAGAGGCCGGUCUGUUGUGGGUUGAACCAAGGAACAGGUCAAAGGCACUUCACCGCUCGGCGACGUCGGAAUCGACGGCACGACCGUCGAAGUCUUCCCAAACCAAGAAGACGGUCACGCUGGACAAGCUCGUGACGGACUAUUUGGCGAACCAGCACGCUCGCUGCAAGAACCCGAUGAUUACCUGUCCGGAAUUCGACCUAUUCCAGCCGCACAAGUGUCCGGACCGACGAGGAACGACUCAGGCCUCGUGGAAUUUGUCUGCGCGAAUAGCGAACCGAGGCAUUUUCCCGAAGUAUGGCGGCAAGGACGGGGCGGCGUUGACGUGUCGGCUGCUGUGGUCCCGGUUUCAACCCAUCACUCAUCCGACAAUACGAGCGCGAGACAUGGUUGAUGAGUUGUGUAGCUUUUCGACCUGCUGCUUUUCGCCGGAUGAUCAAUUCAUCAUGGCAGGGGAUGAUUUGGGAAACCUGCGCUUGUUCAAUAUCAUCACUGGCGCCGAAGAAGGCACCUACAGUUGUCAUGAUGCUCCGUUGACAAACUUGCAACCAUACAAGGACCGGAGUUUGCUGCUCACUUCCACAAAUCAAGAUGCCGGUGCUGGUCCGAAAUCCUGUUUAUGGUCAAUGGGGGAAUACUUCGACAUGAAAACGGUAUUCUUGAACGACAGCCACGUCGAAUGGGGCAAGGGAAGAGAACAAGACUUGAUCAUCGGCACGAUGGGAGCAACAGCUCAUAUUUACGAUGCAACCACUGGACAAUUGACAACAACUCUAACACCGCCCGAAGGAUACCACAAUUCGUACACUCAAAACCGAGCUACAUUUUCCCCUUGCGAUGAGCUCGUUUUAUCGGACGGGGUCUUGUGGGAUUUCCGCGGAGGCAAGCCCGUGCACAAGUUUGACAAGUUCAAUUUGGCACUGAAUGGACUGUUCCAUCCGAACGGACUGCACAUCCUGUCGAACACGGAAGUGUGGGACAUCCGGACGUUUCAUCUGUUUCGCCAGGUGCCGGGCUUGAAGUGUCGCGACGUGCGGUUCAAUAACAGCGGAGACGUGUUCUUCGGCAUCCCGUUUUUCAGUUCUCCCAUGGAGUCGAGGGACGAUGCGGUGUUCACGGCGUCCCAAACGAAUUUCCGCACCUUCUACUCCCACGACUUUUCGAGUAUCGGAACGUUCGAAAUGCGCCGAGACAUUCUGGACCUCGCCGUGGACCGUCGAGACCAGGAACUCGUGACAGUGGAAUGUUCAUCCGAGGACAGCUUUAUUCGAAGAUAUACUGUGGGUCGUAGAGGCAAAGACAGUGAUGAUGAAUGCGAAGGGGAAGGUGAUGAAGAGCCUGGGCCGGAUGAUGACGGAGGUGAAGGCGGCGACGACGACGAUGACGAGGAUGAUGAUGAAUCCGCUGGAGAACGGCUGAAUUUGCAGAGAAUUAUGAACAUGUUUGCAAAUCCACGCGACGCGCGUUCUGACUCCAGCUCAACAUACGAUGAUCGGAUGUCCCGUCGUUCGGAUUGGGCAACUGUCCGAGACGGUGUCGAUGGUAGUGAUUCGGAGUUUACGACAGUGUCGACGUCGACUUCAUCGUCUGCUUCUUCGUUGUCUGGUGACGCGGAUGUCAUUGAACUGAACGAUUUUGAGUUCGUUGACACGGACGGAGUCGUGAGAGAGCCUUUAAAUGGAGAUGGCAGUGACACCGGUCAAAGUCGGUCAGGUCGAGAUUCGCCUUGGCCAGGGCUGGCGGCGGCUUUGGAACGCGACAGAGACGAUCGUCGUCGCCAAGUGGCCCGAAGGUCUGCCCACCCUGCCCGUCGUUUUCAGUACGGUAACAGACGGGGAUGGCGCCGGCGACACGCGGGUCGAAUAGCAAUUUCGCGCGACUCAAACAUGACUUUGUCCGAUUCGCGCGAGGCAAAACGUGCGAAGCAUCUGGUCGUGGACACCGGCGCAUUUUUGCAACCGUGUCGACUAGACGAUUUUGGCGAGACAAUUUACACGGUUCGCGCGGUGGUUGACGAAAUUCGUGACAAGGCCGCGAGGCAGCGUUUGGCAUUGUUGCCGUUUGAGCUCGUCUACAAGGAACCGGAACCGGAAUCCAUCUUGUUUGUGACUGAAUUUUCGAAGAAGACCGGUGACUAUCCAGCGUUGUCUUCAACCGACAUACGAGUUAUUGCCUUGACUCAUACGUUGCAGAAACAGUUCGUUGGUCUUGAUCAACUUCGAACAGAGCCCGUCAAAUCCGUCAAAGUCGUGAAGAAACAGUCGAAUCCGGUGCCGAUCUCGGAACUUCCGGGUUUCUACUUCCCGAAAAAGCACCCACCCAAACGGAAGCAUUUAUCUUCUGAAUCGAGAAGCCAAAGCUCUGCUUCCCACGUUGCAGAUUCCGAGUCUAAUACCCCGGAAGAACAUCUCUCGACAGUUGUUGAAUCAGAGAAAGAAAGUGCGGAACCAGUGCAUCAAGAAGGAGAAAUAAUUGCCGAAGCAAAGGAAGUAAAUCCGGAAGAAAAGGAGAAAGAUGAACCAAGACAAGAUGAUGAGCAGAUAGAACAUGAGUAUGAGCUUGCAGAGGAGAGUUCCGAAGAUGAAGACGACGAAGAAGAAGAUGACGGAGGAGGAUGGAUUACGCCUUCAAAUAUCAAAAGUUUCCGCGAAAACCAACCUCAAGCCCCACAAUUUUCGUUGCCGAUGCCGAAAGGAGGGAAGCACUCUCACAACCCCCUAAUUGCUGAAGGACAACGAUUUCCUCAACAAAGACCUUCAAGGAAGUCUUUGCAGAAAAUGAAC